UCAAGCGAGAAUCGUCUUUAGAGGUUCAGCUACCACUGGACAUCCUAACCGCGGAAACUAGGAAGGAAACAAUAACAACAAAUAUGGUGAAGAUAUCCUUUCAACCAGUAUCGGUACAGAAGCCUGAAAAGGAGAACGACGGAGACAAAGAAGAAAUUCACAUGCCGUACUCUCACGAUGAGCCGGUUCUUCCAGUAUGUUCUAAGAAGUCUUCCAUGAGUGGCCUUUGGUAUAUCACACUGGGCUUGGUGAUCUUCAUGUCAGGAUUGAUCAUGGCAUCCGUAUACCUGUACAGAUACUACUACAGUUCCCAGAUCCCAGAGGACAGUUUGUUCCACUGUCGGGUGAUGUAUGAAGACCCAUUGUACGCCCCGUUACUCGGGAGACAGGAGUUAGAAGAGAACGUUGGUAUCUACAUAGAUGAGAACUACGAACAGAUCAGCGUGCCUGUGCCUGACUUCGGAAGCAGCGAUCCGGCUGAUAUCAUCCAUGACUUUCACAGGGGACUCACAGCUUACCACGACAUUGCGUUGGAUAAGUGCUAUGUCAUUGAGCUCAACACAACUAUUGUCAUGCCGCCCAGGAACCUGUGGGAGCUCCUCGUCAAUGUCAAGCGUGGGACGUAUUUGCCCCAGACAUACAUCAUUCAGGAGGAGAUGGUGGUGGCGGGGCGGGUUAGAAACAUGCGUCAGCUGGGACCCUUCAUCCACAGACUCUGUUACGGAAAAGAAACCUACAGACUGCGACGCCGUAGCGCCCACAAACGCAUCGAUAAGAGGGAGGCCAGGAACUGUCACUACAUCCGGCACUUUGAGAACACAUUUGUCGUGGAAACCGUCAUUUGUGACCGAGCCCUGCUUUAGUUUCACCCCCCUUCUUCCCAACUCUACUGAGCAAAACCCCAAAGUGUCCCACCCCUCCCCAUUUGUCCAGCUUUACAGCACUUUAUCAGCAUCAUAAACCUGUACAUACGGUUACAUAAUGCAAAUUGUGUAUUUAUUGUCAUUUUCUUUUUUCGUCCCCAGUUUUUCAUGUUCCUUUUUAAUUGUUUGAUUUUCUUUCUUAUUCUGAAAUCCAUCUUGUUUGCGGUUUCUAGUUUAGUUUCACUCUCAGGUUAUGUGUAUUUCAAGUGUAGUUUUUUCACUGAGCAUUGGGGACGUGUCCUCAAUUUUCCUUACUUUUACUUUUGAAUUUUUUUAAGUCUAGCAUGCAGUAACUAUUACACUGUUUUGCAUAUUUGUUCCAUGUCUGUAAAACCGCAGUUUGUGUAGACUGAUGGUUAUUGCUAUUGUCCUUUUUUUGAUUUGUCCAAACUUGUUAUUUUCCACCUGUGUUUGGUAAGAAAUACAUAAUUAGAAAAUAGUCUUCAAUGCCAAAAGUUGUUAUACCUCAUAUUUAAGACAAGUGUUACUUAAGCCUGUUUUUAAGUCAUAGUGUGGGUUUUGAAUGUGAUAUAAGCAAUACAAGUUUUCUUAUCUUGGAUUUCCCAACUUGACAUUCAUUCAUUUGUUUGUAGUAAUAAUGUUAUGAGCAGUUUAUCAUGUUCAGUUACUCUGUGUGUUACUCUUGUAUACAUGUGAAUAAAGUUUGCAGAAAAAAGUGAGAAACUAGCCACUGAAUGUUGGUUUAAAAGGAUGUUUGUUUAACUCUAAAUGCAGUAUAAGUCUAUAAUGAUCAGAAUGGGUAGGUUGCUUCUGAAAUAGUGCUUUUAGGAUUAGUAAAGUCUGUCAAAUUAAACUUUGGUUUGAGGAACGCUUUUUUUCACAGACGUGUGUGAAAUAUUCCUUGCGUUCCUAUUCCUUUUCAUGUAUUUUCUGCCCUUCAGUAGUGGUAGAUUUUUAGACCUCAUCUGAGGUGGAACCAUUUAAAAUGGCUUGCACUUUUUCUAACAGUUCCAUUAUUUUUACAAGUUACCCUUCCACAUACUGGUGUAGCAAAUACUGGUUUUGUCUGGAGCAAUGAAGCGUUUUAGAUCGUUGAAACAUUUAUUGCACUCUACUUUGCUGCUCUAGCUUUGUAAGUAACAUUUGCUUGUAAACUCCAUCAAUAAACUGCUGAA